AUGUCGCGGCCGACAUCAUCUCGAUCUUCCCCAGCAGCUUCCACAACUUCGGCAGCGGACAUGCACUUCCCGGACCCACCACGGGCAACAGUCUCCGCAGUCGUGUUCUCGCCCACCCCUACCUCGGCCACCUCCACCACCACUGAUGUCCUCGCCUCCAGCUGGGAUCACCACGUUCAUCACUACCGCAUUGAUCAUGCUUCAGUCGCUUCCACAUCGUCUGCCGAGUCUAAAGCAAUCCGCAAAGUCCAAACGUUCGCCCACGAGGCGCCCGUACUGGACGUAUGCUUCAUGACCGACACUCUGGCUGCGUCCGCUAGCGUAGAUCGACGCAUUCGGCUGCUCGAUCUGGCAACGGGCAAGACGCUGAUUCUGGGCAAACACGACGACUCGGUGCUCAAGUUGCGGUGGUGCCCCUUUACUCAAAUGCUGAUCUCGGGCGGCGCGGACCGCAGCGUGUGCUUUUGGGACGUGGCUCUGCACAACAAAGGCAACAAUAGCAGCGCAGCGGGGCUGUUGAAGCGCCUCGACAUGCCGGAUAAGGUCAUCUGCUUGGACGUCUCCCCGCCCUUUCCCGCCGCUGGAACAGAAUCGAUCUACUCAGCAUCGACACCAGGAAAGCCGCAUGCACGGGACAGCACCCCGCGACUCGUCGUAGGCAUGGCUGGCCGACACGUGUACGUCUACGAUCUGGUCCCGCUGCGCUCUGCGAUCGAUCGCGAGAGAGCAGGGCAGCACGUUGCAGCGCGCGAUUGGGAGCCGGAUCAGAGAAGGGAGUCGUCGCUCAAGUUCAUGGCAAGGGACGUGAGGUGUAUGCCCGCGGGCGACGGCUAUGCGACAUCGAGCAUCGAGGGCAGGAUCGCGGUCGAGUUCUUUGAUCCGAGUUCCAAGGUUCAGGCGCUAAAGUAUGCGUUCAAGUGUCAUCGGCAGACGGUUACGGAUGAUAUGCAAGCUGACGAGGAGAUGGACAAGCCGUACGACGUGGUCUAUCCGGUUCAUGCAGUUGCUUUUCACCCCAAACACGGGACAUUCGCCAGUCUCGGCGGCGACGCAGUGGUCAGCGUCUGGGAUGCUGCCGCCAAGAAACGCAUUCGCCAGUAUCCCAAAUUCGACGCACCCAUCACAGCAGGUAGCUUCGAUGCCUCAGGAACGCUGCUCUGCAUCGCCACGGGCAGCGACAGCACAGAGCCAACAACGGAUGCGAAAACGAGCUUGAUAUUGAAACACAACGCUUGGGAAGAGUGUAAGCCCAAACUCAAGAGCAGCAGCACCAGCACCAGCUCCAAGUCAAGCUCGAGUAGAAAGUAG